AUGGCAGCACGCAGCAGGCCCCGUGCUGGGCAGAUGAAAGACGAGUACGAUGAGGAGAGGUCCAUCUGGAAUGGGAUCAAGUCCGAGGGGCGGAACAUCGAUCAGCUCAUGGCGCAAGCAGAGGGUGUGCGUAAGAAGAUCCUGGACCUGGAAGCACAGCAGAACGCCCGAUUAGCACGGGGAGCCCUACCAUCAGACAGAGUGGAUGAAGAGCUUGAGACCAACCUACGAGACAUCAUCAAACUGGACAACGAGAUUGUAGGCCUUCUCAAGUCAGAGGACGGCGGCAACGACAUCUCCACGCAGCUCGGUAUCCUCUCAGCACUCAGAAGCUCAGAUGACACGCCAACAUCUGCGUCACGCGCAACUAGCGUUGGGAAAUCGCGCGAUCGACAAGGGAAACGCAAAGUCACCGAAAACCUCGACGAUCGUGACAGCAUCGCGGCUGAUAGCCCUGGUCCCAGCCCAAAGGUUGUCAUCAGCCAGAAGGAUAAGCUCAUUGCCAAAUCAACCAGCAGCAGGGCAGGAUCGGUGCCUGCCGGGCGCGAAGGAAGCGUGAAGGCCGAGGACGACGACAAUGGUAAGGCAGACCAGCCACCCCGCCGUCUCUCCCCGAACACCGAGGUCCUUUACCGCAACAGCAAGCAGCGAGCGAACCAAGAGGGCGAAGGAAUACUCUGCCGUGUCACCAGCGUCAUCGGCGACGGAAAACAACGCCGCUACGAAAUCAUCGAUGCAGAUCCAGACCCACCGACACCAAACCAGCCAUACCGUGCCUCGGUCGCCCAUCUCGUGCCCAUCCCUUCGCCUUCUGCUAACACUACGCUAUCUGACCUGCCAAAGAAAAGGGGUGUACUGGCGCUUUACCCGGGCACAACUACGUUCUACAAGGCCGAGGUGGUGGCAAGCUGGGUUGCCGAGCGCGUGAAGAAAGAGAAGGACGAAAAGGAUGCGAGUUUCGACGCGAAGGAGAACCUGGUUCGUCUCAGGUUCGAGGGGGAGGACGAGGCUGACAGGGAGAUGAGUGUUGAGAGGCGGUAUGUCCUUCCUGAUAGAUGA